CAACCAGAUGGAAAAGCCACAGAGAUGGAAGACUGGUGGACUGUGCAGUCCAUGCUCGUUUCAUGGAUAAUGAAUACCAUCGAGCCUACCUUGCGUUCAACCGUGACAUACAUGGAGAAUGCAAAGGAGCUAUGGGAGGAUUUUCGAGAACGCUUCUCAGUUGUGAAUGGACUGAGGAUCCAACAACUAAAAGCGGACCUAGCAGAUUGCAAGCAGCAGGGAAUGACCAUGGUUGCAUACUUUGGGAAAUUAAAAACACUUUGGGAUGAACUGGCAAAUUAUGAGCAAAUCCCAAGGUGUUCAUGUGGAGGAUGCAAAUGUGAUAUUGCAUCUAAACUUGAGAAGAGAAGAGAAGAGGAGAGGGUUCAUCAAUUCUUGAUGGGCCUCGAUGAUGUGAGCUAUGGUACGGUGCGCUCUAACGUACUAGCUGUUGAUCCAUUACCCUCACUGAAUCGGGUAUAUGCUACCUUGGUUCAAGAAGAGAGAAUGAAAACAAUUACAAGAUCAAAGGAAGAAAGAGGAGAAGUCAUGGGCCAUGUUGUACAAGCAGGACUUAAGACAAAGGGGCGGCCAGAUCCAAAAGACAAAUCAAUGGUGUGUUCACACUGUGGUAAAACAGGACAUGAUGGUAAAAGUUGCUUCCAAAUUAUUGGACAUCCUGAGUGGUGGGGUGAACGUGCACGCAAAGAAGGUGGAACCAAUGGCAGAGGUCAACAACGAAGUGGAACUUCUGCAGGACGUGGAAGAGGAGGGAUGGUUCGUGCUAAUAUUGCCCAUUAAUUAUAUACCCAGUUACAUCUACCCAGCUUCAU